AUGGUGCAUAAAAACUCAAACCAAAGUGAUUCUUUUUUGAUGCCUGGACUCUCAUCCCUUCUUCAACGAGGAAUAGCCGACUUGAAGUAUGAAAAAGGAGGCCAGAAUUUUGGUCCCAUGUCAGGGCAGAAAACUAAUGGUAGCAGGGAGUGUGGAAUAAGUUUUUCUCGUAAGUCAAACAUGAAUGCACAUCACAGAAUGCACAUUGGGGGAAAAGCUUAUGAAUGCAGUGAGUGUGGGAAAUGCUUUUCCUAUAAGCCAAACCUCAUUAUCCAUCAGAGAAUCCACACUGGGGUAAAAUCUUAUGAAUGUAGUGAAUGUGGAAAAGCUUUUUCUCUUAAGUCAAACCUCAAUACUCAUCAGAGAAUCCACACAGGGGAAAAACCUUAUGAAUGUAGUGAGUGUGGGAAAGGCUUUCCUUAUAAGCCACAGCUCUUUAGACAUCAGAGAAUCCACACAGAUGAGAAACCUUAUGAAUGUAGUGAGUGUGGAAAAGGCUUUUCUGAUAAGCCACAGCUCUUUAGACAUCAGAAAAUCCACAGUGGGGAAAAACCUUAUGAAUGUAGUGAGUGUGGAAAAACUUUUUCUCGUAAGUCAAAUCUGAUGGUGCAUCAGAGAAUCCACACAGGGGAAAAACCUUAUCAAUGUAGUGAGUGUGGAAAAGCUUUUUCUCAUAAGUCAAAUCUGAUGGUACAUCAGAGAAUCCACACAGGGGAAAAACCUUAUCAAUGUAGUGCGUGCGGAAAAGCUUUUUCUCAGAAGUCAAGCAUGAUCAUACAUCAGAGAAACCACACAGGGGAAAAACCUUAUGAAUGUAGUGAGUGUGGAAAAAGCUUUUCUGAUAAGCCACAGCUCUUUAGACAUCAGAGAAUCCACAGUGGUGAGAAACCUUAUAAAUGUAGUGAGUGUGGGAAAGGCUUUCCUUAUAAGCCACAGCUCUUUAGACAUCAGAGAAUCCACACAGAUGAGAAACCUUAUGAAUGUAGUGAGUGUGGAAAAGGCUUUUCUGAUAAGCCACAGCUCUUUAGACAUCAGAGAAUCCACAAAGAUGAGAAAUCUUAUGAAUGUAGUGAGUGUGGAAAAGCUUUUUCUCAUAAGUCAAAUCUGAUGGUGCAUCAGAGAAUCCACACAGGGGAAAAACCUUAUGAAUGUAGUGAGUGUGGAAAAGCUUUUUCUCAGAAGUCAAGCAUGAUCAUACAUCAGAGAAUCCACACAGGGGAAAAACCUUAUGAAUGUAGUGAGUGUGGAAAAGGCUUUUCUCAUAAGCCACAGCUCUUUAGACAUCAGAAAAUCCACACAGGUGAGAAACCUUAUGAAUGCAAUGAGUGUGGAAAAGCUUUUUCUCAGAAGUCAAGCAUCAUCAUACAUCAGAGAAUCCACACAGGGGAGAAACCUUAUGAAUGUAAUGAGUGUGGAAAACGCUUUUCUGAUAAGCCACAGCUCUUUAGACAUCAGAGAAUCCACACGGGUGAAAAACCUUAUGAAUGUAGUGAGUGUGGAAAAGCUUUUUCUCAGAAGUCAAGCAUGAUCAUACAUCAGAGAAUCCACACAGGGGAAAAACCUUAUGAAUGUAGUGAGUGUGCAAAAGGCUUUUCUGAUAAGCCACAGCUCUUUAGACAUCAGAGAAUCCACAAAGAUGAGAAAUCUUAUGAAUGUAGUGAGUGUGGAAAAGGCUUUUCUGAUAAGCCACAGCUCUUUAGAUAUCAGAAAAUCCAUAGUGGGGAAAAACCUUAUGAAUGUAGUGAGUGUGGAAAAGCUUUUUCUCGUAAGUCAAAUCUGAUGGUGCAUCAGAGAAUCCACACAGGGGAAAAACCUUAUGAAUGUAGUGAGUGUGUAAAAGCUUUUUCUCAGAAGUCACACCUAAUCAUACAUCAGAGGGUCCACACAGGGGAAAAACCUUAA